AUGGAGCAAAGAAUGAGGUUUUGGGUUAUUACACUAAUAGUAAUAGUAUGCAUGACUAUAACAAUGACAAAGUCAAAGGGUCAAGAUAAUGGGGUAAAAUGGGCUUUCCUAAUUGCUGGUUCCAAAGGUUAUGUAAAUUAUAGGCACCAAGCUGAUGUAUGUCAUGCAUACCAAGUAUUAAAAAGUGGUGGUCUUAAAGAUGAAAAUAUCAUUGUUAUGAUGAAUGAUGAUAUUGCUUAUAAUUUUCAAAAUCCAUACCCCGGUUAUAUACCUAAUAGACCCGACGGUCCAAAUGUUUAUUAUAAUGUUCCCAGGGAUUAUACAGGAUACGAAGCAACUCUAAGAAAUUUUUACUCAAUCCUUAGAGGAGACAAAAAGGCUAUUAGGAGAGGUAGUGGUAAGGUGCUGGAUACUAAGCCAGAAGAUACUAUUUUCAUUUUCUUUUCUGGCCAUGGUAACACUGGCAUACUAGAACUGCCAGAUGAGAAAGUUAUAUAUGCCGACAAAUUAGUAGAUACAUUAAAAAUGAAAACCAGUUACAAGAAAAUGGUGAUAUACUUAGAAUCAUGUCACGCUGGGAGCAUGUUUCAAGGGCUUCUUCCACGUGAUUCGAAGAUUUAUGUAACCACAGCUUCCAAUCCAUAUGAGAAUAGUUUUGCAUUUUACUGUCCACAUGAGAAAAGUCCCCCAUCUCCUGCUUAUACAGUUUGUUUGGGUGAUUUGUACAGCAUUUCUUGGCUUGAAGAUAGUGAACAAAUUGAUAGAAAAACCGAAACUUUGGAUGAACAAUAUCUUAAAGUUUGGUCCAGAACAUAUUAUACUUAUGACGAUCAAUUUUCUCAUGUCAUGCGAUAUGGAAAUUAUGUGAAUAUGGGCAACUAUAUACUAGAUACAUAUCAAGGUGCUGGACAAUCACCAGAGAAUGAUAACUACCAUUUCAAUGCUACUCCAACUCAUGAGCACUCCUAUAAACGAUUUAAUACGACAACAGGAUUGGUUAGCCAACAAGAUGCUCUUUUACAUUAUCUGAAGCUUAAGUUGGAAAAGGCAUCAUCUGUGGAUAAGUCAAAAGCUCAAACUGAAUUAGAUGAUGAAAUUUCCCGUAGAAAACAUGAGGACCAGAGUGUACAUCUCAUAUGGAAAUUUUUGUUUGGAGAAGACAUAAGAUCUAUUAUGAUGGCAAAUCUUCGUUCAGAUACCCAACCUCUUGUAGAUGAUUGG